AUGGGGAAAUGUUUUUCAAAUAAGUGCAAUCUUUUCUCACAAACAGAGAUUUCACACAGGGGAGAAAGGCCCCUAUUCCUGUCCUGA